CCUCCACUCCUCUGACCAGACUUCGCCCCGAGAGAAAUCAUGGCAGCCACAUCUCCCGUAUCGCUCGCUGAAGAGCUUCUCAAAACCGUCAAGUCGCUCGAAGGGCAAGGCUCUCGUCUAAGCCCACAACAAGCCUAUGACGCGACAAGACGCGUCGAAACUCUCACCGACAAGAUUAAGAGGACAGUCCUCGGGCCCCUGGAGUACACCAUCCAGAUCGCAGAAUCUUGCCACGAGAGCGCAGCUCUGCGAUUCGUCACAGAACUCGGAGUCGCAGACGCGAUAGGGGAUGACGUUAAGACGCUUUCUGAGAUCAGCCAGCAAGCAGGAGUCGGCACGCUGUACCUGGGUAUCGCUAUGAGCUGUCUCGUCGCCCACGGAUACUUCGAAGAGGUGGAUGGCUUCGGUUCCCGAGUAUACAAGAACAACGCCAUGUCCAAUAUUCUCCGGGCUCAUAGCGACGAUACGUUCUGCAGUGCCAUCGGGUUUGUGUGUGAUGACUCUUUCAAGGCGGCUGCGCACCUUGUAGAGACUGCACGUGCGGGUGGCAACAAAGGGGGCAAGAAAGGCAAAUCCGGGGCCAAUCUCGCCUUCGGCUUCGAGGGCCCCUUGUUCGAGUGGUAUUCCGGCCCCGCGCAAGUCUGGCGAGGGCAGCGGAUGGGCCGCGCCAUGCAGCAGCUGCACAAGAUGGCCAAUGGGAACGUCGUCACAGAUUUCGACUGGUGCGCGCUCGAUGGUCCGGUCGUCGACGUCGGCGGAGGCAUCGGGUCUCUCGAGAUGACGGUCAUGAAGACCUUCCCGGACACGGCGCCUCCUUUCAUCAUUUUUGAUAUCGCCGAGACAUCCGCGGACGCCCGCAAGGCAUGGAGCGCCCAGCCUCCCGCCGCACAGGCCCGUGUCUCGUUCGCCGCCGGCGACUUCCUCGCAUCGACCCUGGAAGGCACGGGGCUUCCCCGCGGCCAGCCGACGUACCUCAUCCGCCACGUUCUGCACGACUGGACAGACGAUGAGGCAGUGGGGAUCCUCAGCAACGUGCGCAUCGCGAUGCUCGCGUCCAACGAGGGAGCGCGCAAGGCGCACGGCCGCCCGAAGCUGCUGCUGUGCGAGAUGCUGCUGCAGGAGCGCAGCGGCCGGUUCGUGUACACGACCAGCGUCCAGGCCCUUGCGCUGAACAACGGCAAGACGCGCACGGAGGCGGAGAUGGUUGGCCUGCUGGAACGCGCCGGGUUCAAGGUGGUGAAGGUGCACGCGAUGCGCGCAGUGGACUCUAUCAUAGAGGCAACCCCAGCGGAGCUCUAGGUCUCGCUUUGCAUGAAUCGUACUAGUCAGGCUUGGAGCUGCCCUUGUAGUAUUAUUUACAUGUCCAAAGAUCAAAAUUUAUAAAGUUGUAUACAGUG